UGCCUUCACCAACGCAGGCUGUAGUAACAUCCAAAAAUUUCAAAACUGUCUUGCAUUGGCAGUACCCACCUAUGUCUGAAACUCCUCGUUUUGUUGUGGAAAUCAAACCUUACAAUUUAGGUUACUAUAAGAUCGUCUCAGCUUGUGUGAACAUUUCAGCUCAUUUUUGUGAUCUCUCAAGCGAAAUAUAUGAGCCUUUUGCCUCUCACUGGCUUCGGGUUAAAGCUGUUGUUGGGUCACAACAGUCAGAAUAUGUUGAAACAAAUGAGUUUAUUUUGCAAAAGCAUGGAAAAAUAGGACCACCAAAACUGAAUCUCUCGAGGCAUGGCGAUAAAAUCAUUGUUGAUAUUUACCAUCCUGCAUUCCCAUCUGUGGAAAACCUUCCUUGGAUCAGAAACAUUUAUUCAGAGCUCAUGUACUCGGUGACUUUUUGGGAUAGGAAAAAUCAGAGUAAAGAUGAGUUCCCUGAAGACAACUGUACGAUGUAUAAAUGUAGCCUCAACAUCCCAAUCCCUGCUGAAGGUUCCACUUACUGUGUUUCAGCGAAGGGAAGUUUAUAUGGCGAGCUGAUGGUUGGCGCCCCAUCAGAAGAAAGCUGCAUUCACAUUCCCCUCAAGCAGGCAUUGAGCACACAAUAUAUCGUCAUUCUGUGUGUGGUUAUUCUGAGCCUGAGUCUAGUGUUUACAGUAUGUUGUGGCUGCAAGAAACUAAGGAAGAAGAACAUAAAGCUGCCUAAGUCUUUG